AUGUCUUUCUCAUUAGGUCCACGAGUUGAAAUAUAUAUAUCUAUUAGGAGUUGCUUCUUGAUUGAGAAAGCUGAUACAAUGGGAAGACUCUUUUUAGUUGAAUACAAUAAAGAUCCAUUUCUCGAAUACUUCCAGUGUAUUAUUUGCAGACUUCGAGUUGCAUUCCUCGAGGAUCGCAUUCUUAACGUGCCAGACUCGACUAGAGGGAUCUUUAAUAAAGUGUUUAACGUUGAAGUUCCAGAUGACGAGAGAUAUCAUCAAGAACUAAAUGGAAAUACCGUAGCCGAUGCUUACUGUGUCCAAUGUGGAGAGCUGCUUGGGUGUAAACUUAUUGCAGUCCCUGAACCAUCCAUGUAUUAUAGAGAAGGAAGAUUCGUGAUGAGAUUGGAAAAGCUUAUUUGCGGGAAUGAUCAAGAUGAAAGCGAUAAUGAACAAGAUCAUGGUGAAGAUAAUGAGCAAAAUGAUGAUGACCAAGAAGCCGGUGCAGAUCAAGUGGCUGAUGGAAUAGAUAAUGUUGAUCUAAAUGCAGAUAUAUGA